CCAAUAAGGAAAGGGGUACAGUAAAAGGCAGUGAGGCGAACCAAUGGGACGAGUUAGUGCAAGAAAACGAGGUUUCUCUUUUUCUUUUUUUGCGACUGUUUGCUGCUGUUGCUGUGAUUAUUCUUUAGCCAUUUGUGGAGGUGCGUUCGCCAGCCAUCCUCUUCUUCUUCCCCUUUAUAGCCGAGCUGAGGAGGUCGCAGUUUAGGUCAAGGAGAGUGGUAGUGGCUUUGGGGAGAGAGAGAGAGAGAGAGAGAGAUGGUGAGGGGGAAGACGGAGAUGAGGCGGAUAGAGAACGCCGCCAGCCGGCAGGUGACCUUCUCCAAGCGCCGCAACGGCCUCCUCAAGAAGGCCUACGAGCUCUCCGUCCUCUGCGACGCCGAGGUCGCCCUCAUCAUCUUCUCCAGCCGCGGCAAACUCUACCAGUUCUCCAGCUCCAGUGUUGAAAAGACGAUCCACCGCUAUAUGAUUCACACAAAAGAUGUAAAUUGCAAACAGAGUUUGGUGGAUCAAAAGAUGCAGAAUUUGGUAUCUGAAGCCAAAAAUAUGGCCAAGCAGAUUGAACUUAUUGAAGCCCAGAAAAGGAAGCUGUUGGGUGAAAGCUUGGAAUCUUGUUCGGCAGAGGAAUUGCAUGAGCUAGGGAAUCAGCUAGAGGAGAGCCUGAGGCAGAUCAGAAACAGAAAACAUAGCAUCCUAACCGAACAGAUUGCAGAGCUCAAAGAAAAGGAGAGGAGCCUUAUGCAGGAGAAUAAAUUAUUGCGCGAAAAGUUCAAGGAAGGAAAUAUGCCACAAUUACAUGCUGCAGAGUUUGCUGCAAGCGAUCGGAAUGCUCAAAGCAUGGAGGUAGAGACAGAGCUGAUGAUCGGAAGGCCGGGAACUCGCUAAUUAUCGUGAUUGUACCUCUUGAAAACCAAGUUCCAUCGAUACACAAGUGUGUGCACAGCAAGAGGAAUCGGAAAACACACACCUCAUUGUAGGUGAUGAACAAGCAAAUGAUCAUGUUGGAACUCAUGUCGCGGACAGACUUGUUUGUGGAUGCUUGUGAAUGCUGAUUGCUUACCAGAGCUUGAUGUC